CCUGGCUGACCGCUCAUGUCUCUGCAGAGCCGAGUCCCUGCCCCCCUGGCACAGCCGUGUUUGGCGGGACAACUGCUUAGUGCCCCACGCCCCUGGCCAGGCACCUCAGCCUGUGCCAAGUGGACCCGCAGCAGUGCAUGCGGUCCUCCGGCGUCCCCUGAUGCCAACGGGCCCCGCACGCGGACCCCAGCGGGAGUUGGGGCUUGAGAGGCACUGGCGGAGGGGCGGAGAGCUGGGGUGUGCACCUGGGCCCCCCUGGCCUUGGUGGCGAAAGUGGACCCGAACACCUGCACCAACUGGAAGGAGGCAAAAUCCUUUCUGAAGGGCCUGAGUGACAAGCAGCGGGAGGAACAUUACUUCUGCCAGGACUUCAUCAGGCUGAAGAAGAUCCCGACCUGGAAGGAGACGGCGAAAGGGUUGACCCCGAAGGUGGAGGAGCCCAAGUACAAAAAGGACAAGCAUCUCAAUGAGAAGAUCUCCCUGUUCCGAGGUGAUAUCACCAAGCUGGAGGUGGACGCCAUUAUCAACGCCGCCAACAACUCUCUGCUCGGAGGCGGCGGUGUGGACGGCUGCAUUCACCGGGCCGCCGGGCCCCUCCUCACCGCGGAGUGCCGGACCCUGCAGCACUGCGAGACUGGGAAGGCCAAGAUCACCAGCGGCUAUCGGCUGCCGGCUAAGUAUGUCAUCCACACGGUGGGGCCCAUCGUCCGCGGAGCGCCCAGCGCCAGCCAGGCUGCCAAGCUCCGCAGCUGCUACCUGAGCAGCCUCGCCUUGCUGCUGGAGCACCAGCUCCGCUCCGCCGCCUUCCCCUGCAUCUCCACCGGAGUGUUUGGCUACCCCAACGAGGCAGCUGCAGAGGUGGUGCUGGUCACGCUGCGCGAGUGGCUGGAGCAGCACAAGGACAAGGUGGACCGGCUGAUCAUCUGUGUGUUUCUGGAGAAGGACGAAAACAUCUACCUGCAGCGGCUCCCCCCCUAUUUCCCAGUGGCCUGACCAGGUCUGAGUUGCUGCACACCCUGACCAGGGGGAGUCGCCUGGGCCUGCUGGACCUUGUUCCCAGCUCUAAGAGGUCGCUGAAGCCUGCAGCUGGGCCUGGGCCUGGCCACCCCACCCUGUCCCUCAGCCCCCUGCCACUCAGCAGCCUCCUAAUAAAGACCACCCUUGUUGCAAUAAA